AUGGUGCACGAAAAGGACCCGGACGCGGGCGGCGCCCCGUUUCAUACGCUCUUCCAGCAGACGCCCGAGGACCUCGUGCGUCAGAAGCGCCUCUUCGACGACCUCGCCAUCGACCUGCACGCCGCACCGGCGCACCGAACGGUGUCGCUCCGCCUGGCGAUGCGCGCGCUCGGAGCCAAGCCCGCAAGGCGGCGACGUCUCGCGCCGCUGCGGUGGGGCUGGCUCGCGGCGCGGUGGUGGCUCGGCUGGCGCGGGGCGCAAGAGGCUUCGCUGUCCGAGGCGAGCACGUCCGGCUCGCGGAGCGGGAAGAAGGCGAAGCUAGAUUGUGGUCGGAACACCCCUGCUGAGCGUGUUUAA